AUGAGACGCCGCGCUGCCAUGCCAGACUUCAUCUACGACUUCCCAGCGUACUGGACAUCCGCUAUAUAUGAGGACCCCUCGGGGGUGGGCAGCAGCUUCGCGCCGCCGCGAGGUCCCCCCUCAUUUCAGCCACGGAAGACUACGUACCACCGAAGUCCUAGUCCCCACUCGCCUCCUUCACGACCACGACCGCGUCGCUCACACACGAUGGACUCCCCGCGUAGCCCCCGUACCGAGCAGCCGCCCUGGACGCACGUAGCGCAAACAUACGCCUGGGUGCUCGACCAGAGCUUCGCAGAGAUGGCGCGCAAGAACGACGAGACCGUCCGCUGGAUCAUGGAGCAGCAGCGCCGCGACAUGUUUCACGCCAUGGAUGCUACGCGCGAGGCGAUGGCGUUCGUGCAGAGCGUAGCCGCUGGGGUUCAAGCUGAGAUGGAGGCCGCGACAGGGGCGUAUCGCUUUGAGGAAAUCUGGACGACGCCGAUGCCCGCGAGGUGGAGACAGGAAGCGGAGGAAACUGUGCAGGAGGAGCUAAGGCGCCUGCAACAGGCGCGGCAGAACACGGAACGGUGCCGGAAGGCGUACGAGCGGCGGAAGACAGAGGAGGAGGAUAUGGAGAGGAGACGAAGCGAAAUACUGCAGAGGUCGAAGGAGAAGCGGCAGCAGACGGAGAAGCAGCUGUGGGAGGCGUACGAGUCUCGUUGGGCUGCAAUUUCGGGCUCCUCGUCGACGAGGAAACACAUCGAUCAGCUAAACUUCCGGUCGAUACCGUGGCCUAUGUUCGGACAGCCGGAUAGUGUGGAGGACAUCACGCCCGCGCGCAUCGCGCUGUUCGUCCUGUCAACUUCCCAUUCUGAGGGUCAGUCACGAAAGGAGAGGAUCAAGGCUGCGCUCAGAAGAUGGCAUCCCGAUCGAUUCGGGCGAUGGCUCGCGAGAGUUGACGAGCACGAUCGAAGGAAGGUGGAGGAGGGCGCAGGCACCGUCGUCCGUUGUCUUAACGAUCUGCUACAAAGGGAUAACGACAAGGUGUAG